CGUCACUGCAAGUCUUUCAUCGUAGAUGUGACCAUGUUUCGGCGACCCCGUCUAUGAACGUUGGAGUAGCUGACGGACCGGCUAACCGUCAAAUACCCAAUCAUGCCCAGCAACUGGAAACGUAAAUCUUCAAAGAGAGCUUUCAAUACUACACACGAAUACCGGUGACCGGUCUCAAGAUUGCAGCAUGAUGUCCGAAAGGGUACAGAAGUUGCACUGGACGCAACGUAUCGCUCUCGUACGCCACAACUUACACGCAGCUCGACGGACGGGCGACUUCAGCUUCUUCAAGUCACUGCAGGCUCAUGCUCUUAUUGAGGGCACCGACCAUGUCGCUCUGCUCAACCAGAGACUGGGCGACAGUGCUGAUAGCGUUCUUUCAACACUGGACAAUCUCAACGCCGGCAUAGCGUACGUGCAUCAAGACGCGUUCAAAGCCGUCUACGACAGCGCCAAGAACAACAUGUACACCGGGGAGGGCUUGUUGGCCAGUCGAAGAUCACUGCUCCGAGUGGAUAUUUGCCAGCAACGCGACAUGGCUGACCACGCUAUCGACAAGACCACCAACUCCGCCAUAAAUCUUAUACAAGCGCAGCCGGUUCACUGCCAGGACGCAGUGGCAAAUACGUGGAUCACUGGCGCGACCAUCAUGGCCGAUGCAGUCUGUGUGUGCUUGAACGAGAUGAACGGUCUCGAAGACCACCUUGACGACUUUAUCAGUCUGGAGUACUCCUGGAACAGUAUCCAAUCAUCUGUCGAUGCCGCCGUCUCUGCUUUGCGCGGCAUCUUCAGUCUUAUGACUACGACAUCCCAACCCGCCGCUCCAAUCGAGGACCGCAAUCUCAGUGUCUCUUCGGUUAGCAGUCAAGACCACGGUGGAGCCGCAGCCACGCGCAGCCGUAAUCCAUCCACCGCAUCGGCAUUCAGCAUGAUCAAGCGUGCGUUCAGCGUAAGCGCACCGUCUGGGCCGCCGCCCGCGAAAACCGCACGCAGCAGCAUCGACAGCAAUGGCAAUCUGCCACUGCCCGACCCCAACUCCAGGGGCUUCCGCGCAAGCAUCAGUGCCGCGUGUCCCACCAAGAUGCCCAAACUUGGCGACCAUCCACACACCAUAUUGACGACUAUACCUCCAACGCCAGCAGUCAUUGACAUGGGGACACCUGACAUGAGCAAUCCGUUCAAAGAGAAUCCGGAUUAUUUCGCAUUCGACAUGGGCAGUAGUCGGAAGAAGGAACCUGAGCAGGGCAAUGAAAGCGAGAUGUUGCACAUUGAGGAUCUCGAUCCUUUGUAUUCGCCUGCAAUCAUCGAAUUGCCGCAGCCUUUGAAGCUGCGGCGCCUUUCAGAGUCGUUCGAUAUGUCCGGCCCCGACGGAAUCGCUGUAUGAUAGUCGGCCGGUCAGCUGUAGGUUGCUUCGGUGUUUGGUGUCGGACAUGGUUUAUUUAUGCGUAACAUACACUCAUUGGUCGAGCGAGACGAGAUUGAGAGGAGCAUUUGGCUUACUUGGUGGAGUGACAUGGUCCUCAGAAGUCUUGAUGUAGACUGAUCCUUGAAUUCAGGCGACACUGACUGCUCAUUUAAAAACAACUUGUAGACUAGUGCAAUCCGGGGUA